AUGAAUUCUAAACUCUUAGCCUUGAGCUCAAAGAUCAUUUUUAGGAAUCCAAGUAGAAUGUUUGCUGCUUCUUCCGCAAAAUUCACCAAAGUCAAUGAUGAAGGGUUUCCCGAUCCUUUGGAUUUAGCUACCGGUAUUGAAAAGAAAGAAAUGCUCUUGCGUCUAGCUGGAAACGAUGAUCCAUACAAUUUGAAAGCUAUAAAGCGUGGCGUGGGUACCUGUGAUAAACCCACUUUAGUUCCAUCUGCUUUUGAAGCAAGAAUUAUUGGCUGUGUCUGUGAAGAAGACGCAUCUCAUGUCAAAUGGAUGUGGCUAUAUUCUGGAGAACCAAAACGUUGUUAUUGUGGACAUUGGUAUAAAUUAGAAUUCAAGGAAGCACUUGUAUGA